GCCGUUCUGCACACUUUGGAAGAAGAGCAGAAACUGCAAGCACCAAGAGCAUAGACUAGAGGGAAACAGCAGAAUGGCCAUGUUCUGGAAGAUAUGUGUUGUAGUCAUAUUGGCUCUAUGUUCUCAAGUCUUUGCACAAAUAGGAAAAAGGGUGCCUAUGGGCGGCUGGUCAGACGUUAGCGAAAACAACCAACAUGCGCAGAACGCAUUGAAGUUUGCCAAAGACGAAUAUAACAAAGACAGAAAUGAAGAUUACAUCACUGAAAUCAGCAGGAUCAUCCGAAUGAGAAAGCAGGUGGUUGCUGGCAUGAAAUAUUCAAUGGAAGUUGAAGCAAAGGUCAGUCCCUGCUCUGAAAGUGAAUUUACUAAAGGAGAAUGCCAAGAUCAACAGACAACAAAAAAGUGUCCCAACUUUUUUGGAAUCCGGUUUGUACAAAGAGUGACGAAAAUCGGAUUCGUGAACUUCAAUUCGCUCAUCUCUAAUGAGGUGCUCAUUUGAAGUUCUAAUUGUUGCAUGGGAAAACCGCAGGGAGCUGAGAAAAGGUUAUUGCAGCUCAAUAAGGAAUUAAUAGCAAAAUCCGGCCUGUCAGUUUCUCAGAAAAGCGAAAAAAAAACAACUUAUAUUGCAUGCCGAAACUGCACAUGUAUCGUGCCUAUUAAACAUGUAAAGUCUC